CUCUCUCUCUCACACACACACACACACACGCACAGGCACACACAUUCACACACACACGCGCAACGCACACACACGUGCGCGCACGCACACACACACACACACACACACACACAGCCCCUGAGCUCUUGCCGCCGCUGCAGCCGUGGGCCCCGCUCACCGAGCCGCUGCCGCCGCCUGCGAAAUGACGGCGGUUCCCCUCACUUCCAGGAAUCCACGCUUCCUGGAAGGUGAGUGGCUGGGCUCACCCCUGCCUGCCACCCAGACGCAGACAUGCACACACCACCCGCACUCCCUCGCCGUUUCCAAGGCGGCGGCCGUGUUCGCACCCCAGGGUCUCACCGGCAAGGGAAGGAUAAUCCGGAGAGGGAUCCCUCAGGAGGGUGUGUUCCGGAUUUCUUGCCUCAGGCCCAAGACUCCAACCAUUUUAUAAUGGAAUCUUUAUUUUGUGAAAGUAGCGGGGACUCGUCUCUGGAGAAGGAGUUCCUUGGGGCCCCAGUGGGGCCUUCGGUGAGCACCCCCAACAGCCAGCACUCUUCUCCCAGCCGCUCGCUCAGCGCCAACUCCAUCAAGGUGGAGAUGUACAGCGAUGAGGAAUCGAGCAGACUGCUGGGGCCGGACGAGCGGCUUCUGGAGAAGGACGACAGCGUCAUCGUGGAGGACUCGCUGUCGGAGCCGCUGGGCUACUGUGACGGCAGCGGGCCCGAGCCUCACUCCCCCGGCGGCAUCCGGCUCCCCAACGGCAAGCUCAAGUGCGACGUGUGCGGCAUGGUCUGCAUCGGGCCCAACGUGCUCAUGGUGCACAAGCGCAGCCACACCGGCGAGAGGCCCUUCCACUGCAACCAGUGCGGCGCCUCCUUCACCCAGAAGGGGAACCUCCUGCGCCACAUCAAGCUGCACUCGGGGGAGAAGCCCUUCAAAUGCCCCUUCUGCAACUACGCCUGCCGCCGGCGGGACGCACUCACCGGCCACCUCCGCACACACUCCGUCUCCUCUCCCACGGUGGGCAAGCCCUACAAGUGUAACUACUGCGGCCGGAGCUACAAACAGCAGAGCACCCUGGAGGAGCACAAGGAGCGGUGCCACAACUACCUGCAGAGUCUCAGCACUGAAGCCCAAGCCAUGGCUGGUCAGCCAGGUGACGAGAUCCGAGAUCUGGAGAUGGUGCCAGACUCCAUGCUGCACUCGGCCUCUGAGCGGCCAACGUUCAUCGACCGUCUGACCAACAGCCUGACCAAGCGCAAGCGAACCACCCCUCAGAAGUUUGUAGGUGAGAAGCAGAUGCGCUUCAGCCUCUCGGACCUGCCCUACGACGUGAACUCGGGCGGCUACGAGAAGGACGUGGAGCUGGUGACGCACCACAGCCUGGAGCCGGGCUUCGGGGGCUCCCUGGCCUUUGUGGGCGCCGAGCACCUGCGGCCCCUCCGCCUCCCGCCCGCCAACUGCAUCUCCGAGCUCACGCCCGUCAUCAGCUCCGUCUACACCCAGAUGCAGCCCCUCCCCGGCCGCCUGGAGCUCCCGGGGUCCCGCGAGGCCGGCGAGGGCCCCGAGGACCUGGCCGACGGCGGGCCCCUCCUCUACCGCGCCCGGGGCCCCCUCGCCGACCCGGGCGCCUCGCCCAGCAACGGCUGCCAGGACUCCACGGACACCGAGAGCAACCACGAAGACCGCGUCGGGGGGGUGGUCUCCCUCCCUCAGGGCCCCCCGCCGCAGCCCCCGCCCGCCAUCGUGGGGGGCCGGCCCAGCCCCGCCUACGCCAAAGAGGACCCCAAGCCGCAGGAGGGGCUGCUGCGGGGCACCCCGGGGCCGGCCAAGGAGGCGCUGCGGGUGGUGGGCGAGAGCGGCGAGCCCGUGAAGGCCUUCAAGUGCGAGCACUGCCGCAUCCUCUUCCUGGACCACGUCAUGUUCACCAUCCACAUGGGCUGCCACGGCUUCCGGGACCCCUUCGAGUGCAACAUCUGCGGCUACCACAGCCAGGACCGCUACGAGUUCUCGUCCCACAUCGUCCGCGGGGAGCACAAGGUGGGCUAGCGGCGCCCUCCCCGGCCCGUGCCCCCCCACCCCCCGUGUCUCACCCCUGCCCGCCGCCCCCACCUCUCGCCCGGCCCCCCCCCCCCUCGCCUCUUCCCUCCCCUCCCUGAUGAGUUCAGUGUUGUGGUGAAACCGUCCGUCUUUUGGGCUCGGGUUUCUCCACGGGUUUCUUUUCUCCUCUCACCCCAGGGUAUCACUGAGUUAUUUAUUAAUAUAGUUAGCUGAUUGUCUUUUUUUUUUUAACUUAUACAUGUCACGUGCCCGCCUUCAGUCCCCGUCACUUCCGGCCUCAUUUUUCUCCCUCCCCCCCCCCCCCCCCCCCCCGACUCAGCCGUCUCCACCACCCCAGGGGUGGGAAGCGCGUCUCAGGCCUGGGAGACCCUCGAGCUCCUCCUCGCUCCCAGGCCUCGCCUCUGGCCCCCGCGGCCCCCUCAGGCCGCCCCUCGGCUCUGGGGCGCUAAGUCUCCUCGGACCCUUGGCCUGGUGCCCCCGUACCUCUUGUGCCCUCACUGCGGGCAGCUUGCACUGUUCUUGACCGAAGGAAGAAUUCCCUCCCGGGGAAGCAGGACGGGGCUGAAGAAACCUCUCCCUUGGGCACCGCGGGGCUGAGGGUCCCAGCACGUCCCCCUGCAGUGCGAGCCCCCCAGAGCCCACCUUCGGGAUCUCCCUCUAGGAUGUGGCGGGUCUGUCCCCCCCCCCGCCCCCUGCCCGCGCCCGACCCUGCUCUCCUCAGCGUCAGCCUGCCAGUCCGCUCAGUGGGGGCCCCUCCCCCCCGGAGGGCCCCAACUUCUAGUCUCAGGGGCCAGCGCCGGGACCGCGCACCCUCCAUGUGACGUGCCGAGGUACCUCACCGGGGGCGCGGGGCGGGCGGCCCUGCGCCCCCCCACCCGCCACACGCCGUCCCGGCUCUCAGGGGCUCCACAGUGCCCACCCUCCGAGAAACCAGCGGGGUGCUGCCAGUGACCAGGGGGCGCGCCCCCUCCGUCAUGCUGCCUUCUUCCUCUCCCGGCCCCCAAGCAGGAUUCGCCCUCACUCCCAGCCUGGGGGGGGCCCUGAUCCUAGGAGCAGCGGGCGGGAGGAAAGGGGGGUCUCCUUUCUCUCUCCUAGUCUUCAAUAGAACCAAAAAUUCCCCCAGGGCGUGGGAGGCCCAGUAACCCCCCAACACACACCCCCGUUUCGUCCUUGUUCCAGCAGGAACGGGAUGGGCACAGCCGGGCGGCAGGGGGGGGCGCCUCCUGGCCGCCGCGGAGACCCCGGGUCUGGGUCCGGGAGAUGAGAAGGGGCAGGAGGAGGCCCGCGGGGAGAGAGCCCCCCGCCUGGCCGCAGCCAUCCCACGCUCCGCUCCCUCGAGAUUCAAACCAAAGGCUGUUUUUCUAUAUUUAAAGAAAAAAAAAAACCAGAAAGUAAAAACCAAACACAACACCUCAACAAGUUUUAACACUUGGUCCUCCUCUCUCUCUCCUCUCUCCUCUCUCCUUUUCCCUCUCUCUCAUCUCUCUCUCCACAUGCCCUGUCCUUACUGGCUCUUCUGCCUCCUGCUUUUCUUACUCCCUGUCAGGGAUAAUCUGGGGGGGUGCUAAAGGGUUGGGUAAGGAGCAGACCCUGGACUUGGGGCUCUUAAGGGCUCGGAGAAGAGCCUAACCCUCAGAUGGGAAGGGAGACCCCCAGAUAAUUCUCUUCUCCCUCCUCUUUCUCCUCCCCCGGACUCAGUCUCCCCAAGAGAACCAGAUUGCCAGGGAGGGCUUUGACCAUCCUUCCUCCUUGGCAGCGGAGCAAUAAAUAGUUGCUGCCCAGGUCACAGAAUGGGGCGGUGGGGGGGGGGGCGUUGCUCAGAGGAGUGGGGUCUCUGCAGAAGGGGCGUCUUCUCCACAGCCCCUUGGGGAACUGGCUGUUUCAGGAUGGCAGCAGAGCUGAGACUACUUGGGGCUCUCCUCAACCGUCCUGGCGACCGAGCCCCUUCCGUUAGCCCCACACACACCCCCCCCCCCCGCCCCCGCCACCUUUUCUGCACUGCUAUGUUAUUUAGCGACACCUCAUAAGGACUAGUCCUUUCUGGGGUAUCAGAGCCUUAGGAUGCCCCCGCCCCCGUCAACUCUGGCACCUGUGACCUCCUAGAACAUGAAGGACCCCGCUCUGAGGCUAUUCUCCGAGCCGGUGAGAGCAGAGACUGGAAGGGCAAGAUCAGGUGCUAAGGAGAGAGCCCCGCCGCCUCUCUCCGGACCAUCACUGCACUUUAACCAGGGUUUUAGGUACAAAAUCCUCCUUCCCAGAGCCCUCAGCUCUGGGGGCCUCAAACAGCCUCAGCUCUUUCCCAGCUCCUUUUGCAGAAAAAAAAAAAUGUAAAGGAAAAAAAUACAUCGAAACCCACAUGGAGAAAAGAGGUGUUUUCCUUUUAUAUUGAUAUUCAAAAUCCGCACCACACACAAAACAUUUCUAAAUAGACACUUUUCCAGACCUUUUGGUUUGUUUUGUUUUGUUUUGUUUUUUCUGAGUCAGCGUCCAAGCUGCGGAUGGGAUUUUAUAAUACUUCUGGCAGCUUCUUUCCUUGUGUACAUAAUAUAUAUAUUAUAUAUAUUUUUAAUCAGAAGUUAUGAAGAACAAAAAGACAAAAAAAUAAAAACACAGAAGCAAGUGCAAUACCACCUCUCUUCUCUGCCAGGGUUUCGUUCGGCGCCUAAGCUUGGUAUCUCUUGGAUUCUGCCCCCUCCCCCCCUCCCCCCCUUCCUCUGGGCCCCCCCACCCCGUACCCUUUUUUUUAAAAAGAGUUUUUCUCCUUUCCCAAAGAGGAGUUAAACUAGCUUUUGAGAAUUAUUGCAAAGCAUUUUGUAUAUGUAAAAUAUUGUAAGUAAAUAUUUGUGUAACGGAGAUAUACUACUGUAAGUUUUGUACUGUACUGGCUGAAGGUCUGUUAUAAAUAAACAUGAGUAA